CUCUCUGCCGCCAUGGCCGCCUCUCUGCCCUACGACGAGCCAACCAUUGUCACCAUCCUCGUCCAUGCCUCAUUUCUGCUGCUGCUCAAUGUCGUCAAUUUCCUCCUCGACCACUCCGUCUACUGCGGCCUGCUCGGCCAGAUCUUCGUCGGCGUCGCAUGGGGGACUCCCGGCGCCAAAUGGCUCGCCGAGAGCGUCGAGCACGUCGUUGUCCAGCUAGGCUAUCUAGGCUUGAUCCUCUUGGUGUUCGAAGGCGGCCUUUCAACCUCCUUUUCCUCCUUGAAGGCUAAUCUGCUGCUGUCGAUUGCCGUUGCUAUCACCGGUAUUAGUGUCCCCAUCGGCCUCUCCUUCGUCCUCCAGCAACUGCUUGGCGCAACCCCUCUCCAGGCCUUCUCCGCAGGUGCAGCCCUAUGCUCCACCAGCCUGGGAACCACCUUUACCGUUCUAUCCACCAGCGGUCUGACCAAGUCCCGCCUUGGCGUCGUUUUGACAAGUGCAGCCAUGAUGGAUGACGUCGUCGGCCUUGUCAUGGUACAGGUAAUUUCAAACCUCGGAGGAUCUUCCUCGUCCUUCAACUCCACCACUGUGAUCAGACCCGUUUUUGUCUCCAUAGCCUUUGGCAUACUUGUGCCCCUUGCGUGCUGGCUAAUCGUAAGGCCUGGAACGCUCUACGUGAACCGACUUCGCGAGUCAAACUCGUCAAGCACGUUCAAUAAGCUUGUGUCGUUGGAGCGGGUCGUUUUCUUAAUCCACACGCUGAUCCUAGUCGCCAUGGUCGCUGGAGGCUCUUAUGCUGGAACAUCGAAUCUAUUUACGGCCUACCUUGCCGGUGCAUGCAUAAGCUGGUGGGAUACUGAGCUGCCCCAUGCGCAGAUAUCAAAGCACAAGGCAUCAGGACAACAGCCUGAAGGCACUCAUAAUCGUCCGUCUGUGAAAUAUACUGGCUCCACUGAUAACAACGGCCUGGGAAGCCAAAGGCCAGUGUCAAACGACACUUCGGGCUUUGUUAUCUAUGAGGAGUACUACCAACAGCCCGUUGAAAGGAUCCUCAAGCCUCUUUUCUUCGCAUCUAUAGGAUUUUCUAUUCCCAUAUCGCAUAUGUUUACCGGGUCGAUCAUCUGGCGCGGCAUUGUGUACACAAUCCCCAUGUUAUUCGGAAAACUCGUCUGUGGAAUCUGGCUCAUUCGUUUCUCUAUUUCGCCAUAUAUCCCUGAAAAGUUGAAGUCCCGUCGCCGCAUUCCGCAGAUCCCGCAUCUUUGGGGGUCGGCCAAAAAUGCGGAAUCCAAGAAGGAUAAAAAGACCACCGAUGCCGAGCCGAUUAACAAGAAAAAAGCUACACUGCAAAAGGGCCAGCAAGCAUUGGCAUCGCAGUCUAACAACCAGACUGCCUCAACCACCCAUGAGCUCUCGUCGGCUAGCGAGUCUCACGCUCAAAGAUCUGCCGCAUCACCGCCGUCUCACACUUCCGCUGGCCCCAAAAAGCCGCUCUCGCUUUACCCCGCCUCCAUCCUUGGUUCCGCUAUGGUAGCCCGUGGCGAAAUCGGCUUCCUGAUCUCCUCACUCGCCGAGAGCAAAGGCAUUUUCUCCUCUUCUUCAUCGUCAUCUGGUGACUCGGAGAUUUACCUCGUGGUCACUUGGGCCAUCAUGCUGUGCACGAUUAUUGGACCACUCGGCGUCGGCAUGUUGGUGAGGAGGGUAAAGAAGCUGGAGAAGAGGGGUAGCGAGGGUGUCGAGGGGAGGAAGGACGUCUUGGGUGUUUGGGGUGUGGAGUAGAUCCAAAGAGAUGGGAGAGUAUUCGACGGGCAAUGAUUGAUUUACUUAGAUAUGUGUGGAAUGUGUUACGGGAACACGCUAUGCCCUCUGUUGUAAGGGUAUAUAGAGCUGCUUAUGUUGUUAAUCGUAAUAAUUUGAUGAAAUGUAUAGUUGUGGGC